CCUUGGUUUCGUAAAUUUCGUUUUGGGUCUUUCUUGCGAGAAAUAUAGUUGACAGACAAAUUAAACACUCCAGCUAAAGCAACUACAUAAAAAUUCUGAAAGAAAACACUUCGCAAUCCAAGAGAGAUAUGCAUCUAUGGCCCUCAAUGAGAAUAAGAGACUCUUUCAAGAUCGGAUAUCUGAAAAAACUGGAAUGGAACCUCCAGAGGAUGAACAGCGAGAAGAAGCGGUCUCAACAAAGCAGUAGCAACCAAGAGAAACUCUUAGACGAUGAUACUGUUGAAAAAGUAAACGGUGUCGUUGAUGGAAGAGUUUCAGAAGAUACAUCCCUUUCAAAGAAUUCUUGUUUAGUGAAAUCUGCUUUGGUUUGCAGAGAAGUUCUCAUGGUUCUCACUUGCUGCUACUGUUGUUUCUGCUGUGGAGCAUGUGUUGAUGAAGAUGAAGAUUGAUGCUUUGUUUGGCAGAUCAUUUUGGUGACUGAAGAUUUCCCUGUACUGUUAAAAUUAUAGAAGAUGAAAAUUAGGAGAAAAGUUUCUGUACAGUUUUGCUAUAUAUUUGGUGAUGUAUCAUUUCACCAAAUUGUUACACUGCUAAGCCUUAGAGUGUAACUGCAUUUUCUCCUCAAAUAAGAAAAAGGAAAAAAAAAAAAGAGUGUAACUGUAUUUAAUCCUUAGAUGAAACUGAUAUAGAUUUGUUACCAAAUGUUUUGUGUUUGUUUAUGAGCAUGGAAAAUGCCAAGUGUUUGUUGCUUGUGAUUA